CACCUAGCCGCCGCCACCCAUGUCCCAUCUCCUUCCUCGUUUUCCUCCUGGCCAACCAGCGUUGACCCCGGACCCGAGCGCCUCCACGCCCCUUGGAGCCGCCAUCCAAGGCCAAGCCAUCGCCGACCUCGAGGCUCGUUCCCGGCGCCUCCUAUUUCUCUCUGUCGGGUUAUGAGCAGAGCACCCGAUGCCGUGCUGCAGGAGAUCCAAGCGAUGCUCAAGCUGCGCCACCGUCUGACUCCGGGAAUGGAUGGACCCAUGCCCCCGGCUAAUCGGCCAAAGCACCACUGCGAGCCUACCAGCUACAACAGCAGGGACAAGCUGGAGCCAGGGUUGCAGCUGCACGUGUUGCCCGCCUCAUCACCGCUCCAUCUGCCAGGGAACCGACCGUGGCCUUGGUGUCUCCACCAGGAGGAGCUCGUCGGCUGGCCGGAUCGGCCCCUCCUCGGCCGGAUCUGGACGUCGGUGCUUGUCCCGAAGGAGCCCCACGACAUCCCCUACCUCUGGCUUCGCCUAAGUGCCUCGCCCCAGUGCUGCUGUGUUGACGACCUGACAACAGAGAUGUUGUUUCGUCAGUUUCAGUUUCGUCAGAGUUCCGCAAGCGUGUCGGAUUGUGAGGACCCGUUCGACUACAUCGGUUCGUCUUCUUCACGGAGUCAUUCUUCUUCCAAGCGGGAUCUCAGUUGCAGGUACAUGUAAAGGCUACGUGACGCGAGCGCGUUGUUUGUUCAUUUGGAGUUGCUUCUUCUUCUUCUUCUUCAUCGAUCUAGGAUGGGUUCCAGGCCGGCAGCCUGGGAUAGCAAGGAUGGACGUCGUUCUUCUUUUGUCGUUUGUUUUCGUCCAUAGUCGGACCCUGCUCUUACUCUUGAUGAUUAUGUAAUGUACUGAUGUGACUCUGAUGUAGCUUGUGGCGAGUGUAUGCCAACUCUUUAUAUAUCUCUCCUUCU